AUGGCGAGAACGAAUGGACGAAACCGGCCGGCUGAUCGCGGGGAGACGUCCUUGGACGCCGCGAUGAGAGCGCCGAGUACGACAACGCCUGAUGUCGUCGUGCUCGAUUUCGUAGAGGAGGAGGUUAAGGCAAAGGAUACUUCUGACCCUGAGAAGGAUCUUUGGCUUUCUACUUGCGACGGCCGCUAUCAAAGCCCCAUAAUCCCCGUCCGCGUAGGACCUCACGCAGAAACCUUCCCCGUCCACCUCUCCAUCCUGCGCAAAUCAGAGUACUUCCGCAGAGCGCUGGACGGCACCUUCCGUGAGGCUGAGGAUCAGGCUAUCGAUCUCCCAGAGGAAGAUCCUUCGAUAUUCGGGUUUUUGGUAGCAUGGCUUUAUGAGGAGAAGUUUGUCCCGAUUAAGCCUGUUGCCAGGGUGCUGGUUAAGGAUGAGGAUAAGGGGAAGGGGAAGGAGGGGAGUGGAGAGGGGAAUGCGAAUACUGCGCGAGGGGAAGAGGAUGCAGAUGUUAGUGAUAGUGUGGGGAGUGCGAGCGACGACAGCACCAGAAGCCGCCGAAGAAAUCAACGCCGGCGCCGACUAGAUCGAGCCUGGGAACAACGUCAACGCAAACAGCCCAACCGCCACCGUCCUGAAUGCAAUUGCGCAGCCUGUACCACUGAGACCAUCGGGCCUCCCUGCUGGAGCUGCGGCGCCCGCGCCUUGCCCGAUCCUCGCCCACCGCACUGGAACGGGCCUCGUCACCGUCCACCCCCUCAUCCCGUCAUACUCGACGGACGGUAUAUCCACCCUCGCGCCCCACGUGAGCGCGAGAGGAUCCGUCGCCGAGGAUCUGGAAACGGUAACAAUGCGGAUAAUAUCCUACCGGAGGAGGAGGAGGAGCCCGAGCGAAUGUCCCCCGAGGAUCUACGAACGUGGUGUUUAGCUUAUACGCUCAGCAUCGACGUCUACGUAUGCGCCGACCGCUACCUCCUGUCCGAUUUCAAAACCAGCAUCGCCGCCUACAUAAUCAACAACUUCGAGAUCGCAGGCCUCGAUGCUGCACAGCCCGCGAUUCUAUAUUCCUGCAAGACGCUCCACGACGGGAUCUCGGCACUCGACCCCCUUUCCCGAAAAGUCUUCGCACGCGUAGGGUUCCUGCAGGCGCGUCUAUGGAAGAACUUCCCCCAGGAGACUAGUAUGUUUUUCGAAGAUAACCCCCGGCUCGCUAUGUGUAUCAUGAGGGAGAUGGUUGAGCGCAGGGAGGAGGAUAUCAAGGAUGAUUUGCCCGCUAUGGAGAGACCUGUUGGCUCCGGGCCCGCGAUGAAUGAGGAUGUGCCUCAUUAUAUUGAGAGGCCGCGGCGGUAUAACGCACCUUAUUAUUGA